GCUCGCGAGUUGCGAAGCCAGUGCGAUUUUGUAGUGUCCUGACGCGCAGUGGGUCGGAUUUCCUAGUGGUGCGUGUUUUUCGCGAUUGAAUAAAAGCAGCGGCUGGUGUGACCCGAUCAAGACAUGGGCAAGGUUAGGCGAAGCAAGAAGCCCCCUCCCGAGGGCUGGGAAUUGAUUGAGCCCACUCUGGACGAAUUGGAGCAGAAAAUGAGAGAAUGUGAGACGGAGUCUCACGAGGGCAAGCGCAAGGUUGAGUCCCUGUGGCCCAUCUUCAAGAUCCACCACCAGAAGUCCCGAUACGUGUUUGACCUCUUCCACAAGCGGAAGGCCAUCAGCAAAGAGCUCUUCGAGUACUGCAUCCGCGAGGGUCUGGCCGACCGCAACCUGAUGGCCAAGUGGAAGAAGCAGGGCUACGAGAACCUCUGCUGCCUGCGUUGCAUCCAGACCAGGGACACCAACUUCGGCACCAACUGCAUCUGCCGCGUCCCCAAGGGGAAGCUAGAAGAGGGUAAGAUAGUAGAGUGUGUCCACUGUGGAUGCAGAGGAUGCUCGGGGUGAAAAGCUGGCCACUCAUAUCCACCAUCGCCGGGAAAGCUCGUCUACAGUGUCGCUGAAUAAAAACUUCUUUGUACAGCCAAAAGUUAGGUGUGCAGUGAUGA